UGAUACAGUACGUAUACUGUGUAUGCUAUUUGUGAGAGUUUCUUUGUAAUCUCUCUCUCUCUCCUUCUCUCUCGCUCCUAGUCCUACCAUAAAGAGGUGGUGAAGAUGCGUUUCUUUGGUUAGAGAGAGAAAAGAGAAAAAGAAAGGCAAAGCCCUUGUUGCAUUUCUCAUGAAUUGUGGAGUCGUGUUGGGUUUUUAUUGCUGGGGUUGGGAGUUUCUAACUGCCCUUCUUCUCUUUUCAGCCUCUUCCCACCUCCACCUCUCAUUUUAGUUUCUUCCUUUUAGUUAAUUUAGUCAAGAAAUACGCACACACCAACACAAGAAUAUAUCUGUCCUCUUUCUCGGUUUAAUUUCGACUUCUCCUUGAAAAUUACUGCAUAUAUAAUAUGGAGCCCGAAAGUGAAAAGGGGUUGCUGGAAUAUGUGAGGAAAUCCUCGCCGCCACCUUUUCUGUUGAAAACUUACAUGCUGGUGGAGGAUCCGACCACCGAUGAAGUGAUUUCGUGGAACGAAAACGGGACGGGUUUUAUAGUGCGGCAGCCGGCGGAGUUUGCCAGAGAUUUGCUUCCGACACUCUUCAAGCACAGCAACUUCUCCAGCUUUGUGAGGCAACUCAAUACUUACGGAUUCCGAAAAGUUGCAACAAGUCGAUGGGAAUUCAGCAAUGACAUGUUUCGCAAGGGAGAGAAAGAUCAACUUUGUGAAAUACGUCGAAGAAAGGCAUGGUCUAACAAACCACAACCCAAUGUACAAGUGCGAAUUGCACCCAAAGAUCAACCAGAUGAAGAUCAAAGGUCGUCAUCAACUUCAUCAUCAUCAGAGUACACUACACUCGUCGAUGAAAACAAAAGGCUGAAGAGUGAAAAUGGAGUCCUAAACACUGAACUUUCCAUCAUGAAGAAGAAAUGCAAGGAACUUCUUGACUUGGUGACAAUCUACGGAAAAAACAUUCAAAAAGAAGACGAAAAAGAAGAAGAAGAAAAGAGACAAGAUGGCGUGGGACCAAUGCUUUUUGGGGUUAGAUUGGAAAUUCAAGGGGAGAUGGAGAAGAAGAGAAAGAGAGCAGGUAACGUUUGUGAAAGUUCUCGUCUUUUUCUGUCACAGUCAUGCAAAUAACUAAAAAAAAAAAGAAAAGGAGAGAGAUUAAAUAGCAUGCCAUUUAAAAUCGAAUGGACUGCCUGCUAAGUUGUUCCAGAAAUCUUGUACACCUAUAAUGAGCUGUAAAGACAGUUCAGUACUACAGCAAUAAAUUGUGCAUUAUCAAUUU